AUGUUAAUGAGCCACUUCAACAACACCGAAGAGCCGUUUGCGUUAACAGCUUUCGGCAUGACCUUCUAUGUGGUCACACAGGCUAAGCAUUCUGCUGAAGUAUACAAGAACACGGAGACACUAUCAUUCGAAGGCUUCGUUCAAGGCCUUAUGAGGAUCAACGGUAACAAUGAGCAUGCUAUCAGAGUCAUGUACAACGCACUACCAAGUGAUAAGCAGGGUUUCCCCAACCCUCACGCGGACAACCUUGCCAUAGAGGUCCUUGCCGAGACUUGCAACUACGCUGUCAUGAAAGAUGCAACACAGAUUGAAGUGCCGCUCUACCAGUGGACUUCCGAACUUUUCGUCCAACUCGGUCAGCAGGUGUAUUUUGGAGAGACUCUUGCUAAAAUCGAUCCAAAGGUUCAUCAAUCAUUCUUGGUAUUCGAUGAGUUAAUAUGGAAGAUACUGUACCAAUACCCAAGCUUUCUCUCUGGCGAUAUGGCUGCCGGUAGAGGUGAGGUCGUGGCUGCACUGGGAAAAUAUCUACGCACGCCUAAGGCUGAACGAAGCGACGCCGCUUGGAUAAUCAGCGCAAUGGAGGAUGAGAUGGUAUCGCUUGGCGUUGGGGUAGAAGAUAUGGCUAUCAUCAUAUUUCACCUCUAUAUUGCUAUCAACACCAACACCCGCAAAACGAUCUUCUGGGUUAUCACGUAUCUUCUCCACAAUCCAACUCUUCUAGCCAUCUUUCGAAAGGAAACAGAACCAGCGUUCGAUGGCGAUGUCCUGGUCGAUCCCUUUUACUUCCAGGACCCUGCAAAAUGCCCCCAGGUCGAUGCGAUCUGGCACGAAACACUACGAAUGGUAGGGUGGUCUGCAUCAAUCCGCCUCAUUACCAAAGACACUGUUAUAGGUGGUAAGCUCAUGCGUGAAGGCAAUCGCGUCAUGGUCCCACACCGCCUACAGCACUUUGACGAGACCGUCUUCGGUGAAGAAACGCACGUAUUCCGUCCGGAACGAUGGCUGAAUGGCAAAGGGCUGUCACGAAGCCCAUCUUGGCACCCCUUUGGUGCUGGGAAGACGCUGUGCAGCGGCCGCUUCUUAGCUAGGUACUCCGUCACAGCAUUUGUGGCUACUGUGCUCCGGCGCUUCGAUCUCGAAAUGGUCGGAAAUCCUCAGUUUCCCCAAGCCGACGAGGGAAGGCCAGUCUUGGGUAUCAUUUCCAUCAAAGAGGGGCACGAUUACAAUGUUCGUCUCACAGCAAGGAAUUAUAUCACGUGA